GUGCAUAGGCUGCACCUAUAUAUAUACUUGACGUGUCAAUUCGAAUGAAAUAAUCUGAAACUACUAUCAGAUUGGAUACAAAAGCAUUGAAACCUUAUGAGAGUCAUAACGCUUCAUGAUGAUUAAGUGAUUUGUCAUAAAAAAAACAUACCGAUAAUGUGAUAGAUGUGAUUUUUGAUUGUUUCAACUUCUUUUACCUCAUUUUUUUAUGAGAGUCAUAAUGCUUCAUGAUGAUCAGGUGGUUUUUGCUACUUCUUGUUCAAUAUAAUUAAUAAACUAUUAGUGUAACCUAUUUUUUACUCGAUAGAAGAGGCUUGCUUUGUUAUUUGAUCUAAACAAGAUUACCCGCAUCUGGUUCCAUAGACAAAUUAUUAUGAAUAUAACAUUUGAAAAGGUACACAAUUGCUAUUGGAAAAAGGAGAAAUUUGUGAAAAAACUCAUAUUCCCAGCUAGGGCUGUUAAUGAACCAAGCGUCCGAGCCGCUCAUGAACGACUCGGCGUCCGACUCGAGAAAAAUUCGUUCGACACUCUAUUCGUUUUAAUCAAGCCGGCUCGUGAACAAGCUCGUUAACUAAACGAGCCGAGCUCGAGCCAUACCAUGUUCAGCUCGAAAGCUCGCGAACAAGCUCAUUUAAUGGUUUGGCAUAAAAAAAGAUUAGCAUACAUUGAUUUUAUGUAUUAAAAUUAUGAUGAAUAUUGUGUUUUACUUAGCUUGACUUUGCUACAAGUUUGAAUGUCAUUUUGUGCUCAGUUCUAGGUCAAUCUUGGGGUCGUUAAGCUUAUUUGACGAGCGAGCUCGAGUCGAGCUCAAGCUUUGAUUUUCAUAAACGAGCCGAGCUCGAGCUUGCAUAUUAAAACUUGUGACGAACACGAGCCGAGCUCAAGCCUGAAAAUAUAUUAACAACCCGAGUCCGAACUAUGGCAAAACUCGGCUCGACUCAUUAACAACCCUAUUCCCAGCCAUGAUCAAAACAAUAAUUUUUAGAAAAUCAUUAAUAAAAUCUCAAAAACUCGUAGUUUUUUAACAUCACCACGGUAUUGAAAUAGCAGUCCCACCUCUUAUUUGGAAGAAAAAUGAUAAGUUGUAAUGAGAAAAAAAAACGGUUUAAGAAUUCAUAAUAGUGAAUUAGUAGUGAUUCCAUAUAUAAAAAAAGUAAUUUGUUAUAUAGUUAUUAAAUAAAUAUGAUUCCAACUCAGUCAGAAAUGAAAAACAACGGUUUCAAAAAGGAUUCCCCGCACCCAACUAACUCAUUUAAUUAUUUUACAAAAAUCCAAAAUCCUUUCCCUUUCCCCUUUCCUCUCUUUCAUAAAUCCUUACGAAUUCGAUUGCAUGCCAUUCUUCUGCCGCCAUCAAUCGCCACCGCCAUGCCUACUACCGCCUCCGCUUCCACCACCUCCGGGUCCGACGGCGGUCCGUCUUCCCUCGUCGCUCGACUCUCCUCCAGUGACCCCGAUGUCAAGCUGAAGGCCCUGCGGGAAGUCAAGAACCAAAUAAUAGGCAGCAAGACGAAAAAGCUCAGCUACAUAAAGCUCGGCGCCGUCCCCCGCGUCGCGUCAAUUCUCUCCGCCGCAAUUGCCGACGGCGACUGCUUCCAGACUGCUCCUGCCGCUUCUGUGCGGGGAAUGCUCGGCUAUUCCAGCAAUGUCGUCGUCCAAUCGGCGGCAGCUCUUGGCAGCUUCGCCUGCGGAUUCGACGACGGCGUCCAGGCAGUUCUCGCUGCGGGCGCUCUGCCGCUUCUGGUUAGACUGCUCGAUCAUCCCGACGACAAAGUAGUGGAUGUUGGUGCUCGCUCCCUGAAAAUGAUCUACCAGUCUGAAUUUGCUCCCAAAUAUGAAAUCCUUGAACGUGGAAGCUUAGAAUUCCUGGUUUCCUUACUGAAUAGAGAGGGUGAAAACGUUACUGAACUAGGUGCUCAUAUCAUAGCCCAUUCUUGCAGGACGUUCGAAGAGCAGAAAGUUAUGCUCAAGGCUGGGGUUCUGAAGAGGCUUGUCAGCCUCCUAGAUGGGAGUGUAGGUCAGAGAGAUGCUAGCUUAGGUUCUCUUGCUGCAGCUUUCAAAAAUAACUCUGAAGUCAUAAAGGAGUUUCUGGGACCUCAUGGCGGGAAAUUGUUCAAUGCCAUACUUAGGUUGACCAUGGAUAGCAAUGCCAAGACGAGGCUGCUUGCUUGCCAGUGCUUGAUUGUCAUUAGGGAUGCUACAGAUUGCUAUAUCCUGGAAUUGGGGCUCAAUAGGAAGUUGGUCAAUACUCUCCUCGAGCUCCUUGAUGAUCCAGGUCAAGUUGGAGAUGAGUCCCCGUUUGUAUUGUCUAGUCUGGUCUUAGGGAAGGAAGAUCUACAUACGAUAGCUCUUGAAGCUGAUGCUAUGGUUAAAUUUCGUGAUUGCAUGGAGAAGGAAAAUGUCAAUCCUAGGCGUCUUCGAGGUGUAUUGUUGGCCUUGGCUGAUCUCUGCUCAAAGUUAGAAAUCUGUAGAUCGACAUUCCUAUCCAUGCAGGUCUUGAAACCACUUGUUGGUUUCCUAAACCAUAAGGAGGAAGAUAUACGAAUUGCAGCUUGCAACUGCUUAAAAAAUGUUACUCGAUCAAUCAAGAAUUUGUGUGCAGGUUACUUUAUGAAAAAUGAAGCCCUCGUCACUGCUUUGGUUCUGUUGCUGAUGGAUGCUUCGGAGGAAGUCCAGGUUGCAGCUCUUGGUGUUGUGAGCAAUAUUGUUGUUGAUUUCACUACACAAAAGUCAAUGUUUGUUGCACAUGAAGGCAUGCAACAGCUUUUUGGUUUAUCAAAAUCAAUGGUUCCCGCAGUUAGGUCAAAUGCCCUCUGGGCUUUAAGGAACAUGACGUUCCUUGCGGAUGACAAAUGUAAAGAAGCAGUUUAUUUCGGGAUGACCCCGUCACUGAUUGCAGAUCUUAUAUGUGACGACGAGCUUUCUGUUCAGGAGCAAGCUUUGGCCCUUGUUCGCAAUCUUGUUGAUGGAAGUGUUGAGUCAAUUGAGCAAGUUUUUGCCGAUGAUGGUAUUAUUUUAGAUGCUGCCGGAAGCCAAUUACAGUGUGGUCCAAAUGCUGAAGUUUUGAUACAGGGAAUGUACGUGCUCGGAAACAUUGCCUGUGGAAAUGAGAUUCAUAAGGAAGCAGUUAUGUGCCUGCUUUUCCCACUAGUGGGGAGGGGACCCGAGCCUUUCUUUGUCAACUUCUUGCUGAGUACUGACAGUAGAUUGCGCCUUGCUACUGUGUGGGUCCUUAUAAAUCUCACCUUGCCAUCUCCUGGAGCAUUGAAUCGGCAACAAAGACUACAGAAAGAAGGGGUGCUGUCCAUAGUAAGGAGUAUGGUCAAUGAUCCUUGCUUGGAUGUGAAGAUUAGAGUAAAAACAUUGCUCACCCAGACUGAGCUUGGUGACUUUUGACCUCAGUUGUAGAGGAUUAACCUCUGAAACAACUCGAUCAUAGAGAUGAGUGGAGACGGACAUUUGUUUUUUUACAUCUUAAACUUAGCCGUAGUAAUAUCUCCAGCUUUCUUCCAGGCAACGUAUCAUGCUUCAGCCAAGGUUUGUAGUUUCAAGCUACUGCUGUAGUUUCAUGGUGCUGAAUGAACUAUAGAAUCUUUAUUAAGUACAGAAAAUUGGAACAUUUCAUGGUCUGGACUAGUUGAAGUUUUCUUUCUUGUGUGUUUUUGUGGAUUGCCCACAUUUCGGAUGAAUAAAACACAAUGGCUUAUGUGGUCAUCAUCAUCAACCAUUUGGUAUGGUGACCCCUAACACAUCGAAAAUGGUUCAUAAAAACUUUCCACACUUGCUGACGUAAGCAAGCCCAAAAAUAUUUACUCUCUGUUGGAAAUUUGUCAUGGUUAGUUACAUGUUUGCUCAAACUGUAUAGUUGUUCUCUCUAGAUAAUUUGUGAUGAAGUGAAAAAAGAUCAGAUUCAUGCUUUGAUCUUCUCUUUUCGUCGUGACGUUCUAGCUGAAGAACUAUGUGCAUGAUCCCGUUUCUUGCCUUUUGUAGGUGCAGAGUUUAGAGUAUCCUGUUUUCACAAUUACAGCAGUGUGAGAGGAGAUGCCUUUAUAACAUUGUGGGAUGCAGUUCAACUGUCAAGAGUGUGUUCCCUUGAACAUGAAAUUGUGCAUACAAAUGGCUGUAUCAUUAUUCAGUUGACUAUCUCAGAGGACUCCUGUUGUUGUAUUUUGUACAUUAACUGCCAUCAGUUUGCAUGGCACUGUAAAAUGCUUGCUUAGAGAGUUUAUGCAAAACUUCAGGUUUUCUCUUCGGUAUUGUCUCUACUAGCUGCUGCAUAUGCUGUUCUCUAGUUGGCAUUAUUUUGAGAAUCUCAUUGGUGUUUAUAAUACUGGGUUUAAUGCGUUGGAGCCGAGUAUUAAAUCGAUAUCUUUCAU